GUGCACAAGAUGACAAUUUUUUGACUGCUAUGAAAGAUUCACCUGCUAGAUAUCCUUUUCUUUAAAAAUGUGUUGUACCACAAGCAACAACAACAAAAUAUGCAAAUAAUCAUGUCUCUGUUAAAUUGUUUUUGUGCUCAUACCAAAGGUUCCAAGCUUUUUGAAAUGGUCUGUAAUGUAAGUUAUCCCUAGUUGUUAUUACUAGUCUAUUUCAGUAAACCAGCUUUGUCUCAAUCACAGAGACAUACUAUAAAAACUGAAACUCUGAAUUUAACGAUACUUUAACAUUUAUUUGUAAAAUCUAUGAUCUGUCCACUUUUGUAAAUAUAUUGCCAAUUAUAAAAAAAAAAUUAAAAACAUUCAGCAGAUAUUUUCUUUCAUUUUGAGAUGGCAUUUGUUAAUUUUAGUAGGCAAAGGUCCUAUAAUUAAAUGCAUUCCAAAAUGGUAAAAUGUUACAAAUCAUUCAGUCCAGUAUCACAAUUGUUACAUUCUGUGCAAUGUACAGGACUUUUUAAUAUUUUUCACAUUGACACUAUGAACCGUUUGGAAGCCUUACCUUUCUGAAAGAUAUUUUGAGAGGAUUAAAAGAAUUAAAUUUGAACUUUUUGGAACCUUUGGUCUGAUGUAUGCAAAUUUUUGAAAUUUUAUACUCCUGGCUUUACCCAAAAGGGGUUGCAUUUUUAUUUUUUUAAAUUUAAUAAGCCACACAAACUGUUUAGAUCUGUUUUUUUAAUUGAAGUUCAAGAUGUUGAACUAUGUAUUUUAAGCAAAGAAUUAUUUGAAAUUUGGUGGCUUCUGGAAGAAAACUCAUUGGAAAUUGUUAUAAUCAAGAUGGAUUUAAGACAAAGUUUUUAUUACAAGAGUUGGAUGAAGUAUGAUGUUAGCCAUUUACACUUGUUCAAAUUUUAAAUUAGGUUUUCGUUUUAAAAAAUAACUGAAAAUGGAUUGCACACAAGUUACCUGAAACACAUGUUGUGAAUGUUGAGAUGAUGUACAGCUCUUUGUGUCAAUGGCUAACCAAUGGGUCGGUACAUGGUUCAAAUGCCAUUUAAAAAAAUGAGUAGAAAUAAAAGAAGAAUCAUCGUGGCUUGUGAGCACCAGCUGUAGUGUGUAGAUCAUUAUCCUCCUAUGUAACUUGUGCGCUCUACAACACACUUAGAGAUGUCAUGUUCAUACAACCCUUUUUUCUCUUCAUGCAAAAAAGAGUGAUAAUUUGAAAUUGUUACACAAUAACAAAUAUUUGAAAUGGUUACACCUUAAAAAAUAUUUGAAAUUGUUACAACAUAACUGAAAUUUGAAAUUGUUACACUAUAAAAAAUAUUUGAAGUCGUUACACUAUAACAAAUAUUUGAAAUUGAAGACGUUAGUGCUAAAACUACUCAUGUUGCAAAAUACUUAGUUUGAGAUAAUCCAGUUCAAAUAUUCUUUAUAAACUUUGAUAAUUCUCAAUUUUUUGGCUUGUUUAAAUAAGUGCAGGAUGUACAUAGUAAUUUGUUCAAAUGCAAGGGACUUAGGAACAUUUUAAUGUUAUCAAAUUUCUGCAGUACACUUGACUAAACCGGAUAAGAAAAGGCCACAAUUUAGAUUGAUUUCGGCAAAUAAUGUGACUUCUGUACUUUUAGCACCAGGGUCUUUAAUUCCGACUUACUUUUUUGACACUAAUGCUUUCCUGCUUCCUUGAAAGGUCCUCCUCCAAAAGUUUCUUUUAUUCUAUCAUUUAGUGAGGGCACAGGUUACCUAAUUUUUUUUUAAGUAAUGAAGAUGGUAAUGUUUGCUCUCUUUGCACUAAUGGUUUACUGUUCUCAGCAUUUCGUAACAGUUUCUGGUGGAUAAAUAUUAUUUAAGGCCAUCCGUACUAAUGUGAUGAUGUAUGCAUCAAGAUUUACAACCAGAGUGAAAGUGAUUGUCAUCUACCUGCUUCUUGGACCGGCAGCUUCAGCCCCCUUUAACUUGUCUCUUGACACACGUCCAAUAAUUACAUUUCCAAAUAUUACAUCUCUCCCUUUAGAGAGAAGUGUUUUUUCUUGUCAUUGCCGUUGAAUUUCCUUGACAUGCCGCACUAUAGUGGAGGCCAUUAUCUGCUUUUUCUCCGUUUGGUCCGUGAUUGGAUUAGCCGGCUUUCACACUUACCUGGCCACCUCUGAGCAGACCACUAAUGAAGACGUGAGUUAUUGACACUGUUUCCUGCUUGAUAUGCCACCACUACAUGUUAUGUUGCCCUGCACCUGUCAGUCAAUGUCGCUUUCAGUAGAGCUGCACUUUGUUCAGUGUACUCAUUUUGAAAUAUUGAUUGUUUUGAUCUCAACAGUUUUCAGAUAAAAAAUUACAAGAAUGUUUCGGAGAGGGGUUGUUUUUUUUUUUUGUUUUUUUAAAUUGAUCUGAACCUUAAUUUAAAAAUUUGUUGGGAGUAUGUUAUUGGUUUCAUAAGACCUUACUUUAAGGAUGACCAAACCACCCCCCCCCCCCCCACUCCAAUUAAAACAACUUUAUUUUUCUAUUCUCAUCUUCACUUUAUAUAUAUAUUUUUUUUUUUAAAAUUAAAACAAUCAUUCCUACAAAGGGAAAUUUCUGGUAUAUUAAAUAAGUUUCCGUGACUGAAGCAAUUAAGGGUAUAAAUUGUUUCAUUAAGUCAGUUCCAAGUUAAUCAAAUCCCAGAUGGAGCGUCUGGGUCACUUCACACUGGUCAUUCUGGCAGUGACCACUGGCGGAGACUGGUUAGCCUAAUAGGAUGAAAGAAGGCUGAAUUCUAUUCUGGGUCUGGUCUGCCAUUAGCAGCUAUAAAAGAAAGAAAACUAAAAGAAAUCGCUGCUGUUGGGGAGAAGUAGAGCUCUGUAGGAGUUACCAGACCUCUAACUAGGAGGACCCAAAGACACUAAACAAUAGGUCACUCAGUGGGUGCUCGACAUUUAACACAGUUGACUCAAUGGGUGUCUCAAGUCGGACAGACAUUUGACAACAGACAUUAGUUCUCUCAAGUGGACAGACAUUUGACACAUGCCAUGGGUGAUUCAAUUGUCAAACAUGGUAAUAGGUGCUGCUAAUUCGUUAUUCAUGAAAUUGGCUACUCGUGUCAUGCAUUGCUGUUUAACCCGAAGACAAAACAUACCAUGGCUACUAUCAGAGACAUUGGGUGUCCCAGUUUCUUGGACAUUUGACAGUAGCCUAGAGACAUUUAUAUGAUUCUUCUGAUUUAAAUGUGUUUGCAAAGAAAAUUUAAAUAAUGUAGAGAUCAAUUUGACAAUAUCUUUUUUUUUUCCUUUUUAAACAUCAUUUACUAAAGAAAUCUCUUAAGAGCUUCUGGUCAAGGAUCCAAUUUUUUCUUCAUAUUUAUUAUAUAUUAUAAAAUGUGUGAAUCAUUGCACCAGUUCAGUGGCUCAGAAUGCUUCCUGUGUUAUUCUCCCCAACACACAAAUCUCAUUUAACACAAAACGUGUUGAUAUUAGUACACUUCUUUUUUUCUCAUGUGUCAAUGUUAAUCCUUUUGGCCUUGCUAACCAUUACUGUUCCCUUUAUUUUAUGUGAGUGAAAACUCAUGCCUGAUUUUUCAGAUAGUGUGUGGUUUUAAUUUUUUUGCUAACUAUCGUAUUUGUUGCCAUAUUACCCACUUCCCCAAAAAAAAAAAAAAAAAAAAAAAUGUUUUGAGCUUUCCUAGGUUUUAAUUUUUUUGCUACCAUUCGUAUUGUUUGCCAUAUUCCCCCCUCCCCCAAAAAAAAAAAAAAAAAAAAAAUGUUUUGAGCUUUCCUUGACCGUUGUCCACUGUAAUAGAGGCCCUAGUUUGCUUUUUCUCCAUUUGGUCGGUGGUGGGCCUGGCUGGUUUCCAUUCCUAUCUCACAGGCUCGGAGCUGACUACCAAUGAAGAUGUGAGUAAAUGGCUUUUUGCUUAGGACGAUUAUCAAAUAUAGGGAUGUUUGUUUGUGUUAGCCAAUGGACGAUUGCUUUGGAAAUUUUGUUUUAUUGAGAUAACUUGCAUUAACAUUUUGUUGGGAUGACUUGCUUAAACAUUUUGUUGAUAUAACUUGCUUUCACAUUUUUUGGGGGGAUAACUUGCUUUAACAUUUUGUUGCUGCUAAAUACGUUGUUAAUGAAAAAGUCAGAGCAAAACAGCCCUACCAAGAACAAAGGGAAUCGAAUAUGUAUAGGUGUCUCACUCUCAAUUGGGAAACUAGAUCUCUCCAUGUGGAAAUUUUGGGGUGGCUGCUGUUGCCCCAGAUCCACUGCUUGUUUUUUGAGGCAUCCCUUUUUGGUCACCUCUUUUACAAUUAUAAAGAAAUUUAACCAAAAAAAAAAAAAUCUUAAUUUGGGUAACCCUAGACACUGGUUUGUUUGUUUUAUUGAGAGAAAAAAAACACAUUAAAUUAUUUGAAUGGCAGUUUGGCUGCACCUGUCCAAGUUGUACUUUGUUUGCAUUUUGAUUUAAGCUAACUUCUUUUACUAUCAAGGAGUAAAGCAUGUUCUGUUAUGUCAUUAUAUUGUUUAUUUCAUUUUUAAUUUGGGGGGGGGGGGGCAAGUACGAAACCGUAAGUUAACUUAUGUUUCCGUGUGACUUCAAAAAAUAUCUAACAAUUAAUAUUCUAAAAACUAAUUUAACUUAAUGUGCACCAAAAAGUAAUAACAUUUGACCUGUUAAUGGAGAAAAAGGUAUCCCCCCCCCCCCACCCCAAACACCUUUUUUGUAAAAAAAAAAAUAAAUUAUUGCUACCCUUUUCCUUACCUCACCAAAAUUUGUUUUUUUAGUAAUGAGACAAAUAUAAAGCAUUAAGUUAAGUUAAUUUGUAUUACUUUAGGGAUCAUGUGGUCCCUGGGGAAAAAUCUGUUGUAAGCAGGCAAGCAAGUCAGUCUUCACAAGUAGCCAUCAACAUGGCGGUCUUUAAAGUAGCCAAUCUUCUGUUAACUGGACAUAAUUGUUGUUAAAUUCACAAAUUCACAAAACCUGUUGGAAGGUCAAGAUUAAAUUGACAGUCAGUUCCUGCUUGUAAAAAUGUAAUGUUUAUGUUGAAGGUCGGCCCAGUUGAAAAAAUUGUGAUGCAUUUUAAACAUGGUUGUUGUGUGUUCUUGCUGCAACUCUGAAAACAGAUUAGGCAAAAUAUAGCUCUCAGAUUUAAGUCAAACCGGCUAUCAUAUUUAAAACAUGGCUAUCAGAUUUAAAGUGAAACAGCUCUCAUAUUUAAGUAAAACACAGCUAUCGGAUUUUAACUACCUCAAAUAUAAGCACAUAUAUUUAUACACAAAUCCAUUUAACAGGAAACUCAAUGAAGAUCCUCUAUGCGCACAAGAGGACUCGUUAAGACCUGUGCUGUGUGUAUCUUGCAUAUUUUAUAUAAAUGCUACAGCUCAGUACUUAAAUUUAAUUCUCUGUUCACUCAAAUACAUUGUUUAUCCUUCACAUUUGAUGAACAGUCAAUUAUAUAAUCCAACCAUAUCUGAUAUUCACACACCCAAUAAAUAAUAUAGGGUUCAAAUAACAAAUGAGGAUAUUGUUUAUAGUUCUAUAAACUAUGUUGUUUAUAGUUGUUUAAGCUAUAUUGUGUAUAGUUGCGCAAAUAAAUCAUGUGAACAUUUUAAUUUCAUUUAGAGCGGUUUUGUGAGAAUAUGUGAAUGGAAUAGGAUCAUAGCCUGGCAUAAAAUAUAACAGGCCAAAGGAUACAUGAUAAAGAACAUCAUUACAUCCUCUAGUCAGUAGAUGGGUUCCAAUUGUUGUGUGGUUUUUCUUGUUUAAUACCAUUUUUUUAAUCCAUUCAUAUGUUGCUAUUGCUCUUGACGUCUUAAAUUAAGUCAAUUAUAAUUUUGAUGCCAGUUUUUGUGUUUUUUGUUUUGUUUAUUUUGGUGCAUAUUCUGUAUUUAUAUAUAUUUAAUUUUUGUUAAUAAAAUAUCUUAUUUUAUUGGCUGUUGUUUUGUUUUUGUUUACUGCCACCACGGUUGUAAAACCAACUGUUCAUGGAGGAUGAAAAAUAUCAUCAGGUCUUCAUUAUUUUUGUUUACUCUCCUCGUCUUAGAUCAAAGGUACGUUUACAGCAAAAAGAGGUCAAGAUAACUUCAACCCUUUUAGUAAAGGCUCGCUCUUCAAGAACUGUAUGGGAGUUUUAUGUGGACCAAAUCCCCCAAGGUAAAUAAUAAAGUUGUUAGCAAAUUUCUUGAAGUGGGAAAAAAUGUAAAGACAUUGUAUUUGUAUUCACAUUGAAAUCUAUGUUGGACAAGCUGAAUUGUAAAACUAAUAUUCAUACUGACUGAUGUAUAUCGGGUUGUUUUUGUUGUUGGUUUUUUUUUUUUAUUAUUUUGAAUAAGACUGAAUUUAUAAAAGAGGAACCUACCAGCAUUGGUUUUAAUAAUUUUAAAAAUCUCAGUUGCCAUCAAAACUUUGUGGGCUGAAAUAAAAUAUGAAUAGUGUGUGAGUGCUCUCCCCCUGCGUGGUUCAAAGGGAGCUCAUCAGACUUAAAUCAUCCAAUCCACUUCACAACCAGCUUGAUACUUUGAUCGCAUGCCUGUAGGAUAAGUUAGGUGCAGGCGUUGUUGGAAUCUUCCGUCUCGUUUAAACGGGCUUCCUCCUAAGCCUGAAGUAAUUCACGUAAUGAGUAGCUGGCUACUGACCACAUCUACGUCUACUCUUAAAGUGUAGGUGAGAAAGCUUUGAUGGCCAAAGAAUUUAUUGGCGUUGAUGUGGGUCCUUCAAAUUGUCUCAUCUUCUUGGGUGCUUGUAUUAACAAUAGAUUGAACCUUUUUUUAAAAUUAAAAGUUAAUAGCUCAUUAUAAUGCGUCUUGUUCUCCUUUUGUUCACAGCUUAUUAGAUCGUCGAGGAUUUGUGGUGCCUGACGCAGAGCCGGUGUCACAUGUAAGUGUUGGUCAUUCUGAGAAAGAUGGUAACGCGGUGAAUGCUCACCACGAGUACUAUGGGUCUACCCAUGUCACCACACAGAAAGUAGGUCAUCUGGGGUUGUGUAUGCACGAAAGCACGCUUUUCCGUGUCCAAAUGCAUGUGCGUUUCACACCCAAUGGUCCAGAGACAGGUUGGGCAACCUUUUACUUUUGUUAGAGAAGGCUGGGGUUUUUUUUUGGUUUUUUUUUUUAAAAACCUGACCAAAAAUAUAAAAUUGAAAAAAUUAAUGAAGGGCAAAAAAAAAAAAUCAUAAUCUUAGAAAUUUUUGUUUAAAGGAAACUGAAACUAAUUAACUUUGAAGAUGUGUCUAAGUGUAUUUACACAUGACCUGUCCCAGUGUGUAACAGAAAGACCUGUGUAUAUUUGGGAUGUUUUCAAGAUGAUGAAAUCAAAGAUCUACUUUUCUCCUGUGGAGUGGCUUUUUGUUUCCUUCAAGUUUUUCUUGUUGAAUGUUUGAACAGAAGUAUCUGAGGACUUGGAGAAAGUCUUAUCGUGUUGAAUGUAUGAACAGAAGUAUCUGAGGACUUGGAGAAAGUCUUAUCGUGUUGAAUGUAUGAACAGAAGUAUCUGAGGACUUGGAGAAAGUCUUAUCGUGUUGAAUGUUUGAACAGAAGUAUCUGAGGACUUGGAGAAAGUCUUAUCGUAAAGUUAUAUCAGCUUAGUAGCCAAACCUAAGCCCUAUCGACAUUGAUGGCCACAAUAAGGUUGCCCAAGCCUGGAGGAAAGCACAAAUUUUAUUAAAUCACUUGCUGACAUAGCAGCCCAGGCCUAAAGUAAAGCACAAAUUUUAUUAAAUCACUCGAUGACACAGCAGCCCUAAUAGGCCUAGCCAAUCAUUUCAUCUCUGCUUUCAAUUAUUAUUUACCGAUUCAAGAGUUCAUAUUGCUUAAUUCCAGAUCUUAUGCUUCGGUGGUUCUCAUUCAUUUAGACGCCAAGUCACUCCUAUACCCAAAUUCCCUAUUAUCUGUGUGACCCAAGUAUUUAAAUUACAAUUAUUCCUGAGAUAAAUGGAAGAGAAAUGGAAGGUGGGGGUUUUCAAUUCCAUUAGACUAGAAGUAAUUUUUCAUAAAUACUUAUAUAUUUUAGGAAAUAUAGCUUUUUUUAUUGUUUUGUUAUGAGCCAUCAACCAUUUCAUUCUAGUUUUCCUUGAUGGUUGGUAGCUGUAAUGUAACAAUUAUUGUUAGUUAAAGGGUUUCUUUGUUUUAUUUUUUUUUAAUCUGCUCAUUCUUGGUUAAUUAACUCAAUCCAUGUUGUUGUUGUUUUUUUUUAACAUGGUUUUUGCUGUUUUAUUUUCUUAUUAUUCAGUAUUGCCUAGCUUUCUCUAGUCUAAAUAUUGUUCUCAGAAGUGCUACUGUAAUUCUCUGAUGAGGCAAGUGUUCUUAAAAGUUCAUCAGAAGUAAAGUAGACAUAUUAAAUUGAGAAUUAUUCUCUAGACCUACUUAUUCCUUCCAGAGUAUUUUAAAACGACACACAUUUUUUUUCUAAAUGUUGGUAGUGGCUGAUGUGUGAAGUUACUGACUAAUAAACCUAAUGAAGUUUUUAUCUUGAGGUAUUUGAUGAUAAAACUGUGGCGUGCCUACUCACUGCUACCGAGACUUUCUCCAAAAACUCAUACUGAAAAAGGGUUACAUUUUGAACAGAGCAGAAUCCUCUUAUUUUCUCCGACACUAAAGGACAUUUUCAAAAUCAAAUCUAUGAUGUAAUUGUAAGCUGACUUCAGUCGUUGCCCGGGGCUUUAUCUCAACUUAGGGUCGGUCAUCUUUAACUUUGUUUAAAGUAGAAAACUCAAAGCUUUGCUUACCCUUAGGGCUUUGUUUGUGUGUUUUAUGUUUUUAUUUUUCCUUGUCAACUAACAAAAAAAUUUUUACAUCUCUUAGGCUUUGGCAGUUAUUUUUCUAAGGAAAAUUGAAGAAAAAUGUGUUGGUGGAUUAUAUUUACAAAUACAAACCUAAAAACCUAUCCAUAAGAUAUAAAUUAUUCGGUACUAAUGGUUAUGUGGAAAAUUGAUAUAUUUUUUUUAAAGAAAUUGAAACAAGGUAAUCUUUUAUCUAAUUUAUAGAAAAACAGUUUAAAUGAAAUCAGUGAAUCCUCUUUAUUUAUUAUAACAUGUGGAUCAAAUUACAACAACUUAAUAUGUAUUUAUGGGGGGGGGGGGGGGGGUUUGCAUCAAAUUUGUGUGUUUGUCUUAUUUUGCCGAUUAACAAUUAAAAAAAAAAGAGUUUGAACAACAAAAUUUUAUUUUUUUAACAAUUUAAAUUUUUAAAAAAACAUAUUUAAAGAAUUAAAUCAUUUUGUACUGAAUUAAAUUGUUUUUAAUACUUUUUUUUUUUAUUUACAACACAUACACAAAAAUCAAAAGAAUAUAUACGCUGUCAUAAAUUUAAAAAAAAAAAAUUCUUUUAGUUUAUUGAACCAAUCGUCAGCCCCACACUUGUUACAGUUGUCAUACUUUUCAUCUCUUCCACAGACGAACAACAUGGGUACCAACACAACAGCAGACAGAUCAACCGUAGUUGUCACAGAUGAGACACCAGCAGAGGGAGUGAAAAAACGAGACAUGAUCAGCUACCAGACGCCUGAUGGAUCCGUCAAUAGCAAGUUGCCUCCGCUCAAUGGAACAGGUUGGUGACGGCAUUUUCUUAUUCACCCUUCAGUGACAUUGUGAUGGUUCGCCUUAUGCAUUGUCAGUAAAAAUCAACCAUUUUCUAAUAACAAUCUAACAACAAAACUAUAACAGUUUUAAAAAGAAUGACACAGCAAGUUAAAUAAGCUUUAUCAAAAGUUUGUGUUUGAACGUUUUCUUCGCUGUCAUAACCACUGGUGAAUGCUGGGCUGGCAAAUCUCAUUUGUGUGUGUGUGUUACUGCCAUAAUAAAGCAUGGAUGGAAUUUCCCUAUCAAGUUUAAAAUGGAAAUUAAUUUCAACUCGGCCCUUCACUUUGAAAUAUGCAACUGAUUGAAAAUGGUUAAUAAAAAAGGCUUUUUUUUUUUUUUUUUCCUACCUCCAAUUGCCUUUGAAGUAUGAUUCUUGACGUUUCCAUUUUCACUGACAACUGGACAUUUCCAUGUUCGCUGACAACUUGACAUUUCCAUUUUCUCUGACAACUGGACAUAGACACAUUUAAAGGCCGAGAUCCCUGGCAACCUCCAGCGUUAACACGACACAUUUAAAGGCCGAGAUUCCUGGCAACGUCCAGCGUUAACACGACACAUUUAAAGGCCGAGAUUCCUGGCAACGUCCAGCGUUAACACGACACAUUUAAAGGCCGAAAUUCCUGGCAAUGUCCAGCGUUAACACGACACAUUUAAAGGCCGAGAUUCCUGGCAAUGUCCAGCGUUACCACGACACAUUUAUAGAGUAGGAGAAACAAAUCUAUUAUCAGUAAAAGAAAAAAAAUAUAUUUACGUCAGAACUGAUGAGUUUGCACAACAACAAGAAGUUAUCCCACUUUAAACCAGUAAAGAGCAAUUUAAAGAAAGAUUUCGCUCUUUUGUAUUAAAUGGACAUUUAAUCAGACAUUCAUUAAAUCGUAAAUGAGGUCGCUUCAUACAAAAUUGUGUCGCUUAUAACCAACAAAUGUUGAUGUACAUAACUUAUAUUAUCUUAAAUGAUUCGUUCAACACUGAGCCAUGUUGUAUAUGUAGAGUAAAGGAUAAGACCUCGACGUUGUAAUCAUAUGAAAAAUGGGCUGAUUUUAUAACAAGGGAACUGUAACGGACUAUGUUUUCACAUGAAAACAGAGAGGUAGCAUGAGUGAACAGUGAAUUGUGUUGACCAUGUAUUUUGAGAGGACAAUGUGAGCUCCACGUUUUUGGAGAGUAAAAUUAUGUUUUUGUCAGAGCGGUUGUUUUCCACGCUUUGCUGGUAAUAAAGUAUGAGUUGACUGAGAUAAGGAGAGCUGAGCGCAAGGAGAGUCAGAGUUAGUCGGAGUUGAGUUAGAGUUGAGAUGUAGGACAGUUGAGCUGAGUUAUAGCAGUGUGAGGACGUGUCUUUCUGAGUGAUGGAAUAUUAUAUAUAUAUGUGUGAAAUGAUUACAUUCAUGCAAGGAUUAUUAUUAAUAUUAUCUGUGUAAAUUGUGAUUUAAUAAAGUACUGUAAGUUUAACCAGGAUUCAGUAUUCUUAUUUACGUGCCUGGAUAAUACGAGGAAGAACGAUGAAGUCUUAGCCGGCAUUCUGAAUUACUAACUUAAAACAAGUAACCGUGCUACUGACAUAACCCACAGCCUAAGAAAUAAGUUACAGUGAUAAUGAUGUCAGAGCAUGUGUGUGUUACAACAACAAAUGGACAUUUCCAUGUUCACUGACAACAAAUGGACAUUUCCAGGUUCACUAUAAGCAACUGGACAUUUCCAAGUUCACUGACAACAAAUGGACAUUUUCAUGUUCACUAUCAACAACUAGACAUUUCUGUGCUGGUGAAUUUCAGUAAUAUUUAUUAUAGCAUUGUGCCAUCAACUGGUGGGAUGGUUGUAGUACAUGACUUAUUGAACAAUUCAGUUUGUAGCUUAGAGAAUCAAGUUCAGGGUUUUAUAAGUAUAGGUUUAAUUUUACAAGAAGUACUACAAAGUAAUGUAUUUUGAAUCUACUUGUAGUAUUGUUGGGUUCGUCGAGAUAAAGAGUUAACUGUGUGGUGGGCAUAGAGUUGAACUCUCUAAUUCUUUUACCUACGCCUGAAGAUCCCAUGAAUCACUGCAGAGGUUGAUUCUGCGUGUUUGCUUAUCUCAUCCUUGCGUGGUGGACACAAUUUGGAAUGCAUAUUGGCUGAGAGAAAUGCCAUUUUUAAUGUUGUCCAUACGAGUUUGUCUUCAUACAACGACUAAUGCCUCAUUCAACAACUGUUGAAAGAACAUUUUCUUAAUUGUUUGCAAAUGUAUACAUUAUUUUCUAAAGAACUUUUCCUAGAAUUUAAAAAAAAAAUACAUAUAUAUAUAUUUAUGUUCUUGAUAGUUUCUUAAACAGGUGUUUCAUAUCCAUAUUCAUUCACUGAUGACAAUCUCCAAAAGUGUUUUCCUUACACAGUUUCACCUGGGGAAACAUCUUAGUGUCAUUGAUUGUCUGUAGUGUUUACACCCCACCCUGCAAAAAAGAGCUAUGAGUAAUGAGAUCAUUUCGUUUCAGGUCAACGGGUUUCAGAAAAAUGCAAACAACAUCCAAG